AUGAAGUUUGGUGGCGGCGAUGCAGCACCGGCAGUCGGUGUCGUCAAGCCGAGCGCGGGUCGUGGAAGAGGCCGAGUCAAGCUCAACGUACCUGCGCCCGUCGCGGCGUCGUCGUUGACUGCGCCGCCGCAGCAGCAGAUGCCCGUAGCGAUGGUCCCGGAGCCACGUAACCGCGGACCGCACUGGAACGCUCUUUCACAACUGGACGCUGGGGACUAUCGGCGGCAGCAUGGUGAAACACACCGGGAUUCCCAGGUGAAAAAGUUUAAAAAAGAGGCUUGCGAAGAAGUCAACACCUCGAGGUACUCCAGCCGAGUGGGCAUUUCGCCGCACUUUUCUAAGCCAGGCCGGCAGAUGUACCGGCCACCAGCCAUGAAUUGUUUCGGUGGCGGCGAUGCAGCACCGGCAGUCGGUGUCGUCCAGCCGAGCGCGGGUCGUGGAAGAGGCCGAGUCAAGCUCAACGUACCUGCGCCCGUCGCGGCGUCGUCGUUGACUGCGCCGCCGCAGCAGCAGAGACCGGUAGCGAUGGUACCGGUGCCACGUGGAUCGCACUGCAAGGCUCUUCUACAACUGGAUGCUGGGGACUAUCGGCGGCAGCAUGGCGAAACACACCGAGACUCCCAGAUGCAAAAGUUUAAAAAAGAGGCUUGCGAAGAAGUCAACACCUCGAGGUACUCCAGCCGAGUGGGCAUUUCGCCGCACUCUUCUAAGCCAGGCCGGCAGAUGUACCGGCCACCAGCACCCAUGACAUCGGGCAGCAGAGAUCAGCCCAUGCGAAGCGGCCAGGCAGAGACAGCUAACGGAGGCGGUGGCGUUUCCAACAGUGUUCCUUGGAAUGCUGCAUUGGGCAAGGAGUCCUUAACUGACAUGACCGGGUGCUCAAAGUGUCCGCCAUUGUCUUCGGGCAUGCCCGCUGAGCCUCCAUUUGGGCAGCAAGGACAGAAAGCAGUGAAAGAAAUCAAGGGUGCAGAGCAACCUAACUCCUCCUCGAGAAAAGAAGAGACGGACCCUGCGUCACCGCCCAGUGAUAAGCGCAGCAUCAUCGCGAUAGCUCUCACAGAUCCGGAUGGCCUGAACGCUCUUCAAAUGCAGUGGCUGGGGUUCAGCACCUGCAAUGAGGUCACCAUAGGCUCCAACGACGCCGCAUCUGCGGUGGAGUUCUGCUUAUCAGUCAUCAAGUCGCGCCACCUCAUCGCUGAGGAAGGAUAUUCCCUCGAGCGCCUGAAGGAGAAGGCCACGGAGGGCCGCCAUGUCACCAACCGCCUCAAAACCGGCCCCGCCGAGAGCGAGGCCCUGUGGAGGGGUCGCCGAUGGGGAAGCAGCGGUCAUGUUGGCAUCGCUAAGCCCAGCCGCUGGAAUGUCGGCGUGGUCGGCGUUCUGGCACAGGUUACACACGUCACGUCGCACCACUCGACGUUAGAGUGA